UGUGACGUUAUCCCUGGAGGCCAAGCUGCACUUGCUGCACAGCUACAUGAAUGUUAAAUGGAUCACGUUGCCUUGUGACAUGCAGGCCCCCCUGGCCCAACCAGAGUCUCCCACAGCCUCGGCAGGAGAUGAGGCUCGUUCAGCCGCCGAGUCGGGGGAGUCGGACAAGGAGUCGGUGUGCAGCAGCUCCGCCAGCAACGGCGGUGGCAGGGCUGGCAAGGACAAGGAGAAGCCAAAGAAAGACCGAGAGAAGGAGAAGGAGAAGGAGAAGAAACGGGCCGACUCGGUGGCCAACAAGCUGGGCAGCUUUGGGAAGACUUUGGGGAGCAAGCUGAAGAAGAACAUGGGCGGCUUGAUGCACAGCAAAACCCUCAAGGGAGGCGCGAGCAACGGGCAGGGCGAUACCUUGGAGAAGAAGAAGAAAAGCUCCUUGAAAGCCAGGAAAGGCAGCAAAGAGGAACCUUCUCCAGGAGACUCUUCAGCACCCGUGGAGAAGAGCUGCCUGGGUAAAGCAGCCCCCGAGAAGCUGUCGGAUCCCUCCAAAUACAGCAACGACGUGCGGCUGAGCCUGAGCAUCCUGCGGGCGGCCAUGCAGGGCGAGCGCAAGUUCAUCUUCGCCGGCCACCUCAAAACCAGCAACAGGCACCAGUACCAGGAGGAGAUGAUCCAGAGGUACCUCCUGGACGCCGAGGAACGCUUCGAGGCCGAGAAGAAGGCCCUGGGGAACGUCCUCCCCCCCGGGAAAAAGGCGGAGCCGGAGGCGAGCAGCCCUAAAGGGGAGGAAGGGCUGCACAGCCCCGCUCACCCUCACCCCCCUCCUUCCUACCCCAUCCAGAGCCCGGAUCUGGCCCUAGGGGCUCCAAUCCCAGCUUUUCCCUCUGGCUAUUCCGGCGUUUUCACCUUUCCCAGACCCUCUGUG